UCUGUAUUAUUUCACAAGGAAGAGCAGGUGAAAGGUACGCGGAGAACAUCCUUUCCACCAAGCUUUUCUGACACCAGUGACUCCAAAGACUGAGCCUGUGGAGGGCAAAACUCUUUGAAAAUCUUCGAAGCCCCCAAAUUUCCCUCGAAUUUUUUCUGGGCAGUAGGACUCUUUUCAGUUUGAAAAUCUCAGAGGUUUUGCUGCCAUGGCAGUUUCAACGCAGCUCCAAUCUAUGACCAGUCUUGCUUCGUUGACUCACCGUACUAAGCUCGAAUUCCGAAGCAGCUGCUGCAUUCCUUCAGUUCCUAGCACAAAGCAGAGAAGCUCAGCUGCCCGUGUCAAUGCCGUGCCGACCAGCGUUUCCGAGAGCUCGAAUUCGAAGCCGCAGAUAGCUUCUUUCAGUGAGUUGAUCGAGUCUUUGAUUAGUCGGGUGAAUUUGACGGAGGAGGAAGCUGAAGCGUCGUUGGAGUUCUUGCUGGCUGAUGCCAAUGAUGCUUUGAUCAGUGCUUUUCUUGUGUUGUUGAGAGCCAAAGGAGAGACUUAUGGAGAAAUUGUCGGAUUAGCAAAGGCGAUGCUGAAGCACAGUUUGAUGAUAGAAGGCUUAGACAAUGCAGUGGACAUUGUUGGAACUGGUGGUGAUGGCGCAAACACAGUAAACAUUUCCACAGGGGCUGCAAUACUUGCUGCAGCUUGUGGUGCAAAAGUUGCAAAGCAAGGAAACCGUUCAAGUUCCUCUGCAUGUGGAAGUGCUGAUGUAUUAGAAGCUUUGGGAAUAAUAAUUGAUUUGGACCCUGAGGGGGUAACUAGAUGUGUGAAUGAAGCAGGCAUUGGCUUUAUGAUGGCACCCAAAUAUCAUCCAGCAAUGCAUAUUAUCCGCCCUGUCAGAAAAAAACUGAAAGUGAAGACUGUGUUUAACAUAUUGGGACCUAUGUUGAAUCCAGCAAGAGUACCGUUCGCUGUUGUUGGUGUAUACAAGGAUGACUUGGUCUUAAAGAUGGCCAAAGCUUUGCAAAGCUUUGGAAUGAAGAGAGCACUAGUCGUUCACUCUGAGGGCUUGGACGAAAUGAGCCCACUUGGACCUGGGCAUAUCCUUGAUGUGACUCCCAAUAAGAUCGAGGAGUUCUCUUUUGAUCCAUUGGAUUUUGGAAUUCCUCGCUGCACCCUAGAUGAUUUGCGAGGUGGAGGCCCAGAGUAUAAUGCCGAUGCACUAAAGCGUGUAUUGUCAGGGGAGAAGGGUGCCAUUGCAGAUGCAUUUAUCUUAAACGCUGCAGCAGCUCUCUUGGUCAGCGGCCGGGUGAACACCUUAGCUGAAGGAAUUUCUUUGGCUCGGGAAACACAACUUUCAGGGAAAGCUAUUAGGAUCCUUGAUCAAUGGGUAGCACUCUCCAAUACAAUGAUUAAAGAUACGGUUAUUUACUGAGGACGUCAGAGCUAUUGAGCCGACGCUGUUGAGAGAGCAAAAUAAGGCAAGGGGUUGUAUUUUGGAGUGUUUUCAAUCUUCUCUUUGGAAUUCAUGUAUACAUCAGAGAAAAAUUAACUAGAAUUGAAAAGAAUCCCAACACUUUUCUUCGUCUGUCAACUCGAAAACCAAGUUUAGUUUUAUAAAUAUGUGAAACAAUGGAAGCAAAUAAGUUUCAAAAAUAUGUUUACA